AUGACGUGGAACGUUUAAAACCACAAAAACGCGGUUUCUUUCAAUCAAUUUUAUGCUGUUGGCGGCGUAAUCGUACAAAAACAAAUCAAAAUGGCACACCCAUUGAUGGUUCAACAACACCGCCACCAUUACCGGACCAACAAAGGUACCUACUACCUCAGGUUAGGCAUUCGGAUAUGCACAAAAAAUGUAUGGUUAUCGAUUUGGAUGAAACAUUAGUGCACAGUAGUUUUAAGCCAAUUCCAAAUGCUGAUUUUAUUGUACCAGUUGAAAUUGAUGGCACCAUUCAUCAGGUGUACGUUUUAAAACGGCCCUAUGUUGAUGAAUUCCUACGAAAGAUGGGCGAAUUAUAUGAAUGUGUAUUAUUUACAGCAUCACUAGCCAAAUAUGCAGAUCCUGUUGCCGAUCUGUUAGAUAAAUGGAAUGUUUUUCGUGCAAGACUGUUUAGGGAAUCAUGCGUUUAUUACAGGGGUAAUUAUAUUAAGGAUUUAAAUCGUCUGGGACGCGAUUUACAAAAAAUUGUUAUUGUUGAUAAUUCACCAGCUAGUUAUAUAUUUCAUCCAGACAAUGCGGUUCCUGUGAAAUCAUGGUUUGAUGAUGCCAGUGAUUGUGAGCUAUUGGAACUGAUACCUUUGUUUGAGAAAUUAAGCAAAGUCGAUUCUGUAUAUAGUGUUUUGUGCAAUUCAAAUAAUCCCUUAAACAAUCACAAUCAACAACAGCAGCAGCAACAACAACAAACACAGAACCAACAGCAACUGCAGCCAACACCACAACAUCAACAACAACAACAGACUAUAACAGCAACAACUAUUAUAACACAAGCUUCAACAUUAUCCACGCCAACAAUAUUAACGUCACAGCAACAGCAACAACAACAACCAGGAAGUCCGCCCAAUACAAAUGAUUUAAACAAUAAAACGUAACAUCAGUGGGAAUUAAUGUUUAUAAAUAUUUAAUUUUCAAAAAUUAAAAGAAAAAAACCCACUUUAUUUUUUUGUUUAAAAAAAA